GCAGAGAGACCAGCAUCAGGACUACAGCUCCUGCAGCCAUGGCCUCCUGUUCUCCGCUCCUGCUCCUGGUCCUGGUCCUGUGCGCUCUGACAGUGGCUGAAGCCCAGCUCAAGGUGUUUGACCUGCGGGCCAGCAAACUUGAUUCAAGCUUUCUGGGAUCCCCGGAUGGCUAUGUCAAGAUUUUCUACGGAUCUACCCCUCUGGGUGAAACAUCAGUUCGCGACAACGACCAAAACCCCUGGUGGGAGGAAGAGUUCACUUACUUCCACGCCCGAGAGUAUGGCGUGAUGAGGCUUGAGGUUUAUGACGAGGACUUCGGGUCCGAUGAGCUGCUUGGAGUCUGCCGGCGGAUAAUUAAGCUGGGAACCCAUGAGCAUGAAUGCGUUCUUGAAGAAGGUGGCACCCUUCAUUACACCUACUCCUUCGUCUAACUCAGUCAGUAACACUUCAAAGAUGUAUCCGACCAUAAGUCUUUACAUGCAGCCUUUGAUUCUCUCUCACUGGCUCUGAGAAACAAACAAAUACAUUUGCAAAAUAUGUUGUUCUGGUGACUGCCAUCGAGCAGCUUUGGCUACUCUUCCCUGUUUCAAAGGUGAUUAACAACAAAUAAAGAGUGCUGAACAACUCAA